AUGCACAGCUGGUCUGUGUGCAGCAUUGCUGUGUCACAGCUGCUAAGGCAGUGGCCCAGCGAAGAAUUGGGCUCUAGUGAGGACAUCAGCAGGGGUAAGGGCAGGGCAAAAGAGGUACAAAACCUGGAAGUGCAAGACAGUCUGACAAGCAAGAGGGCUGUUCUUUGUGUUGCAAACAAGCUGAUGCUUGUGCUCGGAUACAAUGAGUACAUCAUACAGGGUGAUGAUUGGGGCUACUAUAUCUCCAAACUACUCAUCACAGAGUAUGGCACCAAGACUGUCAAGGCCUGGCAUACCAACAUGCCAGUGUAUGUCUGCUCUACCACAAGACCCUGGCAUACUCAUAUAUGA